AUGGCCUUCAAUUUCAACUGGUCGCCCUUGUCUACGGAUGCCGGUUUCCUCCCUCGAGCGCAAGAACUCCUCACAAAUGCCCUCAAUCGAGCCGACCCCAAGCCUGCCAUCAUCGUCGACGACAUUGUUGUGAACGAGCUCAAUUUGGGUGAUGUACCUCCCGAGUUGGAAAUCUUGGAAAUCGGUGACCUUGCAGAGGAUAGAUUCCGAGGCACAUUCAAGAUGAUGUACAAAGGGAAUGCAUACCUCACCCUUAAGACCAAAGUUCAAGCCAAUCCAUUGAAUACGUAUUUGCGCACGCGAUCGGCAUUUGCAUCACCUCAGCCUUUGGCUGCCGACACCGGUCUCACCAUUCCUCUACAGAUCACCCUAUCAGAGUUCCGAUUGUCUGGAUUCAUUAUACUGGUCUUCUCUCGACAGAAGGGCUUGACCCUGGUUUUCCGAAAUGAUCCUCUCGAGUCCCUCCGCGUGUCCUCCACUUUCGACUCCAUACCUUUUGUGGCCAAUUUCUUGCAGAGGGAAAUCGAGAAUCAAUUGCGUGGCCUCCUGAUGGAUGAACUCCCUGCCAUCAUUCAUCGAUUAUCGCUGCGCUUGUGGGUGCCGGAGCAUAAUGCACGUGAAGAACGUGAGCUCGGAACAACACAAGUUUCAAAGGAUGAGAUUGUCGUUGAUCCGCUGGCUAGCCCGCCGCAGGAUCCGGUCGACUCUACUGGAGCUGUAUUAACUCCAACAGAAGUUGCGUCAUUGUCGCUGGAUUCGUCGGUAGAAACUCAGUCAUUGUUUUCACGGAAGAACUUGGUACGACUUGCAGCCUUGACCGACUCCCACCGUACACUAUCACUGUUUACUCCAUCAAUCCGGGAUGCUGUCUUUAGAGCAUGGACAGGCCCAUUGGAACGAGGGGAGAUGGCUGGACUUUAUCCUCGGGCAACAACUCCAGCACUGUCUAGAACCCAUUCAUACACCGGAAGUUUGAGUACUACAACAGCUUAUACAUUUGACAGCGCCUCACAGGCCCGACCGGCUCUCCCUGGCUUCGCCUCUGCUAGUCAUGGCCUGAGUAUGGGCACCGGACGCCACGGACAAGGUCAUAGACAACGCAAGAGGAAGAAGCGUGUGGUAGAUUUGCGUCCCCAUCCAGAGACUGGAGAGCCUGAGCUGGUCGUGGAAGACGGAUCAACCGCUGACACCGCUAGCGUGUCUGAAAGCACAUCGACGGCACCCUCUGUCUUCUCAGCACCGGCAGUCACAAUGUCCUCUGAUCCUACGCGAGGCCUUGACCCCGUCACGCCGCCUAGAUCUCCUGUUGCUGCCAAACAGCCAGGAACUCUCGACGGAGGACGUCAUCGGGUUUCGGAAGUGCGCGGUGCUAGUCAAGGUGUCCCUGGCCCUGUCGUCCCACGUCAAACCGACGAACCUACAACAGAGAUACAGAAUACUCCGCGGGCCAAGAGCCCUCACGCGACGCACCGCUUACGACCUCAAAGAAUAAUUUCCACUUCCUUCGGUGACGUCGGGACGCCGAGAGCAUCAAUAUAUUUGCCAGAUCAGAAAGAGGCUCCCGUUUCGCAAGAAGUUAUGGAGCCCCCGACUCUUCACAGUGAAAAAUCUGGGCCCCUUCCCGAGGCGGAUCUUUCACGCUCAGCACUUCCUAGUUUCCUUCAAUUCGUCACCGAUCCAUCCAAUGCUAGAAGUAUAGCCGAACGUGCUUGGAUGAUGAAAGUGGCCAAUGAAGUGGCCAAACGAUACGAAGAGGAAAGGCUGAAAGGUAGUUUUGGACCAGUAUCUCCUCGUGAGGAAGCAGGACCACCUCCUGCUUACGCGCAAUGA